CACAUUUCACUGUUGCACAUCGUGGGAAAACACUCUACGGCAUGGCUUCAGAGUGAGUGAAGUUUUACGAGUAAGCGAUUUUAUGUACAGUUCAGGGACGUGCUUCAGUUUUGCUCGUGUGCUGGACGAAAGGUGAGCUUAGUCUGGGGGAGACAUUUCUUACUGUCUGAAGUUGUUUGGCAACUCAAGUAACGGACAUCUGACAAGCCAGCGUGGCUCCACACACCUCACCAAGAAAAAUAUAAGGAGGUGAGGAUACAUGAGAUAGGUGAUCAUGUCUAAGGUGGAGAAACAGAAAAAACACUUUCCCGCUCAAGCAUCUAAGCGGAAAACUAAUAAGAAAAACGGCAUAUUAAAAAAGAACGAGAGGCAUUGGUUUUACUCAGCUCCUGCAAACAAGGAGCAGGAAAAGCCUACAGCUCCACAAACUGCUCCUCCAAAAGACUCCCAGCAGUUCUCUGCCAACUGGAAAGCACUUCAAGAGGUGUUGAAGGCCAGUCAGUCAGAGAAGAAGCAGCCGGCGGCACCAAGACAUCAGAACGGCUUCUCGCCAAAGAAUGUCCAAGAAAAUACUUCUAAAAUAAUUUCUAAGAACAAUGCUGCACCAAGCCAGAGAGACACUGAGAAAAAAUCAGAUCACAAAACUGUUCCUAAGAGUUUUGUCUCCGGUAAGACUGGGGUCAACUCAAAGGUGUCGGAUGUCUCGAAGACUAAACAUGCUAUUGCUCCAAAAAGAGAGCGGGAUAGCGGGAAGCCAAACAGCCUACAGGCAGCUAAGAAGAAGAAGCUUGAAUCCGAGGAGACGAAGCCAACAGAAGAGGACCUUUGGUUUGAUGACGUGGACCCGGAUGACAUUGAGGCGACAAUGGGAGCAGAAGCAGCCGAGAUCAUGAGGAAGAAGCAGGGCAAGGCCAAGGGUACGGAUGGUGCCUCGGCUAAUGACACAGAGAAGAGCCUGGUUAAGGAGAAUGCUUUUGAAGGCCUCACUAAGGCGGUGGCCAUUGACUGUGAGAUGGUGGGAGUUGGUCCUGACGGAGAGGACAGCAUCUUGGCACGUGUGUCAAUUGUGAACCAGUUUGGGAAGUGCAUCUAUGACAAAUAUGUGAAGCCCACAGAGAAGGUAACAGACUACAGGACAGCUGUCAGCGGCAUCCGACCAGAGGACAUCAAAGAUGGAGCGGAUGUACAGAUUGUACAGAGGGAGGUUGCUAACAUCCUGGAAGGGAGAGUAGUGGUUGGACACGCCAUACACAAUGAUCUAAAGAUUCUGCUCUUGGAUCAUCCGAAAAAGAAAAUCAGAGAUACUCAGAAAUAUAAACCCUUUAAGACGAUCGUAAAGAGCGGUCGACCCUCGCUCAAACUCCUUUGUAGAAACAUCCUCGAUGUGAAGGUCCAAGAGGGCGAACAUUCAUCUGUCCAAGACGCACAGGCCACCAUGAGGCUGUACACAAUGGUGAAAAAGCAGUGGGAGGCAGAGAUUAAAGUGAGUAGGAAAAACAAAUUCUUGGACAAGAGGAGCGAGAGAAAGGCCAAGGUUCCCAAAGACAAGAAUCACUAAGGA